AAUGUUUUGUUUGAAUAAUAUUGUUGCUAUUUCUUCGUUACUUUGUUUAAUUGGUUUAUGAAUACAUUUCAUUAUUUGUUAAUUCUUUUAAUUGGUUUCUGAAUACAUUCUAUAAAGCAUCAGGUCUUGUUAUGAUAGGGUAGUAUGUGUUGAUGGUGUGUUUUCAUUCUCUCAUUUGCUAAACUGCGUAUUAUUGCUAUAUUUUUGUGAACUGGAACCUCUAUUAUUAACUAGAGUUUUCAUUCAUAUAUCUGUGUGUUGAUGUUCUGCCCACACAAGCAAGCAUACUACUGGCUUAUACAAGCUUUUCAAAGUUACUGUCGUUUGAGUUCAUAAUUUUGGUGGUUAUUGUUCUACAAUUGAUGGUUUAUUCAUGCAAAUGGCCAGAAAUCUACUUUUUUAUUUUUUUUAUUCUGUUUGCAUUUCAGAAAUAUGUUAAUUCUAGCUUGUUUGCACAAUUUCUACACUUUUUUUGCCCUUGGAAAUGCGCAUUCAUUGGAUUGGGAUUUAUCAGUAACGGAUCUGUAGUUUGAGGAAUUAGUUAUCAGUACAAUCUCCACAAUUCUAUUAUUAAUUUUUGUACUAAUAUGAAUGAAUAAGUCAUGGAAAUUUCAAAUAAGUUUGGUGGCUACUGAAUACUGUUUGAGCUGUUAUUUAUUUUUGUGGGUGAAUUACGGGGGAGUAGUUGAAAAAGCAGAUGGCUUUGCCGGUGUUUUCCCAGGUUAGUCUUGUUGAUGACGCAUAAGUCAUAUGUAUUAUGUAACGUGGUGAUGAAAGUCAGCAAGAUGGAGUUGGUUUCUCCAUUAUAUAUAAUCCUUGAACAAUGUUGGAAUUUUUUUUUUUUUUUGGAAUUCGUUGGUGAAGAGCAAAAUCUGCAAGAAAAGAAGCAUGUUUUGGGAAUGACUGGAGAUGGUAUAAAUGAUGCACCAGCUUUAAAGAAAGCAGAUAUUGGAAUAGCAGUGGAAGAUGCUACUGAUGCUGCAAGGAGUGCAGCUGAUAUUAUACUAACAGAACCCCGCUUAAGUGUGAUUAUCAGUGUUGUCCUGACUAGCAGGGCCAUAUUCUAGAGCAUGUAAAACUACACAGUUAAGUAUUGUUUCAAAGACUUCUUAUGUUUUAUCAAGUAUUUAUGGAUUAUGUCUCACCGUUAAUUUGAAUUUGACAUUUUCAUAUGUAUGCAGUUUCCAUAACCUUCCGUAUUGUGAUAUGUUGGAUCUCCAUCCCCCAACAUGUUUUACACCUUUUAAUAGCUUAAAUUUCAAUCUGAAUCUAAGAGUGCCACCAUUUAUGGUUCUGAACUUCUGAUUAUAAGAGUGCCACCAUUCCAGAAAGUUAAGCUUUAAUCUAGGAGUGGUGGCACUCUUAGAUUCUGAUUAAGAGCAUCGAACGUUAAGCUUUUAAAAUAUAUGCAGUUUCAGAUAUAUGUUGGAUCUCCAUCCCCCCAAGAUGGCUUAACCUUCUGGAAUGAAGCCUUAAUCUAGGAGUAUGACUUGCCACAUUUAUGUUUCAGAACUUCUGAUUAUAGCUAUAUUAAAUAAUGGAAUAAUCAUAGCAAUCUCUAAAGAUCGUGUCAGGCCAUCUCCAAGUCCUGACUGUUGGAAACUGAAUGAGAUUUUUGUUACUGGUUGUGUCAUCGGGGCAUAUCUCGCCUUAGUCACUGUGUUAUUUUACUGGGUCGUAAAUGACACAGAUUUCUUCGAGGAUAAUUUGGGUGUGAGCUCUCUAUCUGGAAACACAGAGAAAACUUCAUCUGCAAUAUAUAUGCAAGUUACCAACAUUAGCCGGACCCUCAUCUUUAUUACUCGCACUCUGAGCUGGUCAUUUCUGGAGAGACCUGGAGCUCUUCUCAUGUCUGCAUUUGUGGUGGCGCAAUUGGUAUUCAAUAAUCCGAUGGAGUGGCCUUUCACCUUUGAGGAGAUAGAUGAAGUUCGAGAAAAGUUGGCAAACCUCAUUACCAGUGAUUGUCUUGGAUAUUUUCUUGUACUGAAUCUUAAAUUACGGAUGCUAGCUAUUUUUUAAUAUGAUUGUAAUGUAAUCGACUUUUAUAUUUACAACUAAUACUAUUUAAUUUAAUUAUCUAUAUAAUUCAAUACUUCUUAUA